CCCUCCCUGCCCCGACCUGUGAGCCCGACACAGCUUUCUGGUAUCGGAGAGAUCCGUAAUCCUGCUGGCAGGCUCUGGCUCUUUCCCUGGAUUCCUUUUAACGCUGCGCGGACCAUGGGAGGCAGAGAGGUGAGGGUGGGCAGGGUCUUCCAGGAUGAAUCACAGUUUGUAUGCAGACGUUUCAACAAUGUCUGGAGGCCUCAGUUACAGACCCCGAUGUGGAUCAGACUGAGCUCUGCACUCAAGCAGGAACCCAGAGACUCCAGCCCCGCGGAGAUGAGUGUGGAGCCCAGUGCCGGCCAGCAGCUCCAGGCCACCGCCGAGCAGCGUAAGAGCACCCCGCCCUCGCCGCCCUCGCCGCCCUUCCAGGACCUCCAGGAACAGCAUCCCGACCAGGUCUGCGUGGACUCCUACUUCACCGAGCUGAAAACCAUCCAGCUGGGGAGCGGCUACGAAGAACUGGACAGCGCUAGGAGGGAUUCUAGACAAUCAGAAGACGGAGAGCAAGAAGAACAGUGGCUAAGCGACAUUGGUCUGUCAGAUCUAAUCAAUGAGGAGAGCGAAGGUAUGGACAACAUGGUGCUGAUGUCCACGCUAACCCACACUCAGGCGCAGACGGUCCAUCGCAGACUGAUUUCCUACACAUUACGCAAGAAGAACAAGACUUCGCUACCACACAUUCGGGACUUUUUCGGUCAGGAGAACCAGAGCCAGUCUGACUCUCAGCCUUGUGAUGAGUUUGCCCAAAACAACAUGGCAUCAGUCUCCCAAGCCCCUCAAUCAGAUGAAAACCCGGGACGCCGGCGAAACCCUGCAAAAGAGGAGGAGUUUAAAACUGACGUGGCUUACUGUGAACAAGCCCGACUGGCCAAACAUAAUAACACCCAGUGGAAGAGAGAAGACGGCACCCUGCCGCGGGUGAUCUGCCCCAAGUGCAGCUUAGGGGUCACUCAAAUUCAAGAUCUGUCCCACAGCGACAUGAAGAAGGUGCGGCAGUUGGCUCUUAUCGACAUGACGGCGCUGUGCGAUCUCCUUGAGCUGGGGGUCAAGCGGCACAAGAAGACCAAGAGGAAAAUCCCAGAGAGGCCAUUGUUUGGUGUGCCGCUGGCCACACUGCUGGAGAACGACCAGAAAGUUGAGCCCAACGCCACUACUCCCCGCUUUCUCCAAGAGCUUUUGACUUUUUUGGAGAAGGAGGGAGUGCAUUCGGAGGGGAUCCUGCGGAUUCCAGGGUCUCAGUCAAGAAUCAAGCUGCUGCAGAAGAAUCUGGAGGCCAAUUUCUACUCAGGUCAGUUCCGAUGGGACGAAGUGAGCCCAAACGAUGCGGCCGCACUUCUCAAAAAAUUCAUCCGAGAACUUCCUGCUCCCCUGCUCACCACCGAGUACCUCAACAUCUUCAUCGCCGUCAAAGACAUCACCGAGCUGAAGCAGAAACUUCACAUGUUGAACCUGCUUAUCCUGCUGCUGCCCGAGUCCAACAGGAACACCCUGAAGGCUCUCCUGGAGUUCCUCGGUAAAGUGGUGUCUAAGGAGAAGUGGAAUAGGAUGAACCUGUGGGCCGUGGCGACCAUCAUGGCUCCCAACCUGUUCCUUCACAAGGCCGUGCCCAGUAGUCUGACCGAGGCAGCAGGAAGAGACCAGGUGGAGAGAGCCGCCGACGUCAUGAGGCUCCUCAUCCGCUAUCAGGACCUGCUGUGGAUGAUCCCAAUUUUUGUCAUGAGCCAGGUGCGAAAGCUGAACGAGAACAGCAGCAGGCGUUACCAGUUUUACGACCGCCGCUUCAAGAACCUUCGCUCCAGAUUGAGCCACGCAGACAGACAGGAAAAAGUUGAUAAAAACACCACAGAGUCACGGCGAACGGUCAAGAUCCACAUUGGGGAUCAGGCAAAGAAAACCAUGGCGGUGGACAUCAACAGCAGCUCCCGGGCAUCAGACGUGCUCAAUAACUUUUACCAGCUGUUCCUACGCAGCCCUGAAAAUGGGAAGGGCCAACAGCGAAGGAAUGGCUCUGUGUCUUUCUCAGACUACGCCUUGUACGAAGUGGGCGGAAAUAUCGGGGAGCACCGCCUGGACCCCGACACCCAACUACUGGAUUUGUACAAGAGCAACUCUGCAGGUGAGUGGAUCAUCAAGCAGAAGACAAACAGCAGCAAGGGAAUGUGACAUCCAGGAUGGGUGGAGCGGCUGUCUGACCAAGAAAAAGAAGCAUGCCGGAGUCAUUUCAUGGUGACGUCAACAAGACCGAAGGCGGACAUUCCAAAUAGAGGAUGAACAAUCUGCCAGGUGGACAUUCUUUAAUUCAAAAACUGCAUCUUUUUUUGGUUUUGUGACUCUUGACCUCCUGCUGACAAGGAAAGAGGACACUUUUCUCUGCAGCCAUCAUGGCCAUUGCUCACUGAGCAGAUGGCAAUGCAUACACACACACACACACAUGUGAACACACACUCACGCCAUACUUGCCAACCCUCCCAAUUUUCCUGGGAGACUCCCAAAUUUCAGUGCCCCUCUCGAAAAUCGCCCGGGGCAACUAUUGUCCCGAAUUUCUCCCGAUUUCCACCCAGACAACAAUAUUGGGGGCGUGCCUUAAAGCCAUUGCUUUCAGCGUCGCCUUCAACCUGUCGUCACGUCCGCUUUUCCUCAAUACAAACAGCGUGCCGGCCCAACCACAUAAUAUAUGCAGCUUUUACACACACACAAGUGAAUGCAAGGCAUUCUUGGUCAACAGCCAUACAGGUCACAGGGAAGGUGGCCGUAUAAACAACUUAAACACUGUUACAAAUAUGCACCACACUGGGAACCCACACCAAACAAGAAUGACAAACACAUUUCGGGAGAACAUCCACACCGUAACACAACAUAAACACAACAGAACAAAUACCCAGAAUCCCUUGCAGCACUAACUCUUCCAGGAAACAAACACACACACACACAUGCACACAAACACGCAAACAGACACAUACACAUGUGCACACACACACAGACUCACACAUGUGCACACACACACAUUCUCUCACACACGCUCACUCACACACACCCAAUCUCUCUCUCUCACACACACACACUCUCACACAGACAUGUGUGCACACACACACUUUCUCUCACACACGCACACUUACACACACAAAUGUGCACACGGACACACACAUGGACACACACAAACUCACGCACGCACACACGUACUCUCUCUCACACACACACACAUACACAUUAGCACACACUUACGCGUGUGCACACACACAUUCUCACACACACACACACUUACACACGCACACAGUCACACACACGCUCACACACACUUUCACGCACAUUUGUGCACACACACAAACACACACAUGUACACACACACGCACACUUACACACACAUUCCCACUCACACACACACACACGCAUUUGCACACACACACACACACACACACAUAUACUUUUAUUUGUUACCUUCUCAAGACCUCUGAAAAAUGCCUACCUCUUUAGGACCACCCUUGCUAGAUUUAUAAAGAUGUGUAUUUACAGCAUUAGUAAAAUAUACAUAUUAUGCAAAUAUAAAAUAGCUUGAUUUGAAGGACUUGGAUUUUCACAAGAAAAACUUAGAAUGUUGGCAACGUUUUUAAUAAAAGUUGUAAUUUUACUCAACGCAAGUCAGAAUUUUACAAAAAAACUGAACAUUUGUGCAAUGUUAUGAUAAAAGCUGGAAUUUUAUAUGACAAAUGUCGACAUUUUGCAUAAAAAAAUAAUGAUUUUACAUUAAAAAAAGUUAUAAUUUUAUGAGAAAAUAUUGCAAUAUUACAGAAACAGAAAGAAUAUGAAAUUGUUUUCCCAUUUUUAUAAGAAAAAAGUCGACACAUUGUGAGAAAAAGACUGCUUUUAGUUAAUUUAUUUAUUUAAUUGUAUUUUUUUUUUCGUAAUUGGUUUUAAAUCUUCAUUAUUUACUUCAAUUUAUUACAAUAUGUCUCCAUACACAUAUUUAUUUUAUGUUUUUAAUUCAUUUGGCCAACAUAUUUCAUAUGUUGACCAGAGGAGGAAGCACUUUUAAAAGCGACACACAGUCAAUUUGAAAAAUCUCUCCUUUUUGGGACCACCCUCAUUUUGAUAGACGUCACCAGCAGGGGUGCAAAUGAGACAUUCUCUAUUAGAUACAAUGUUAUUGAGACCAUGAUUUAUGUCAUCAUUUGUUCACACCUCCUCAUAUGGAAGAUACUUUUCCUUCUUCACGUCUCAAGAAAGGUAGAAAUACAAGAACACACACAAGGACAAGCUUUCAUGUUUUUGAGAAUUAUUUUAUUAAGAGGAAUUAACAAUGUGGAGUUUGGGGCCUUACUGAAUGUCUCUAAAGAAAACUCUUGCGUUCAUGUUUUUAGAUCAGGGGAACUGCAUUUUUCUGGCAAUUUUGCGUCUAUUUUUUCUUUUUAUUUUUUUAAAUGCAUUCUAAGUCAUAAAUACAGCAGGUAAGAGGUGGCAAGAAUGUGACCUUUGUAUAUAUAUAAAUAUAUACAUACAAAGGUCACAUAUAUACAUAUAUAUAUAUAUAUAUAUAUAUAUAUAUAUAUAUAUAUAUAUGUAUACAAAUAUUUUUUAAAUAUUGUUAACAGCAUAGCAUAUUUUCAAUCAAUCAAAGUUUACUUAUAUAGCCUUAAUCACGAGUAUCUCAAAGGGCUGCACAAGCCACAACAACAUCUUCAGCUCAGAUCCCACAUCAGGGCAAGAACAAACUAAAGUGGAAAUGGUUAAUAAUGUGAGAGUUUGACCUUGAACUGUUAUUAGGUAAAAAACUAACUAACUAAAUAAAUGCCCCCAUGUACAAAAUAGUUUUCCCCUAUGCGGUCAUUUUGGACACCCCUGGUUAUUUAUGUGUGAGUGUGUGUGUGUGUGUGUGUGUGUGUGUGUGUGUGUGUGUGUGUGUGUGCGUGUGUGUGUGUGUGUGUGUGUGUGUGUGUGUGUGUGUGUGUGUGUGUGUGUGUGUGCGUUUUUAAGAGUGCUCCCCCUCUGGUCAACAUAUGAAAUAACAAGACAUACUGUAAUAACUUCACAGCUACAAUCGGGCGGAAGGCGGGGUACACCCUGGACAAGUCGCCACCUCAUAGCUGAGAUAGGCGCCAGCGCCCCCCGCGACCCCGAAAGGGAUUAAGCGGUAGAAAAUGGAUGGAUGGAUGUAAUAACUUGAAGUAAAUAAUGAAGAUUAAAAACAAUUACCAACAAAAAUAAAAUAAAAAAACAUAGCUUUGUAUACAUUCCACUUUAAAUAUCUAGAAAGGGUAGUCCUAAAGAGGUAGGCAUUUUUCAGAGGUCUCAAGAAGGUGACAAAUACAAGAAUGUGUAUGUGUGUGCGUGUGUUUUUGUAUUUCUACCCUUCUUGAGACAUCAAAAAAAGAAAAAUACCUUCCAUAUGAGUUAGGAGCGAAAAUCAUAGCCCCAAUAUGGAAAAACCCCUUUUUGUCAAUAUAUGAAAUAACAAGUGUGUGUAAAAUUUUUAAAUGCUCCCCCUCUGGCCAACGCACGUAAUAACAGGUGUGUGUAAAAAAAUUUAACGCGCCCCCUUUGGCCAUAAAUGUAUAGUAAAAAAAAAUAAAUAUGUGUAUAGAGACAUUAUGUAAUAACUUGAAGUAAAUAAUGAAGAUUAUGUGUAUUCAUAUGUUCUCAUAGUCAUCAGUAUCAUCAGUAUCACAGUAUCAUGUUCUCAUAGUCAUCAUUGUCACCGACGUCCCACUGGGUCAUUAUUGUCACCGAUGUCCCACUGGGUGUGAGUUUUCCUUGCCCUUAUGUGGGCCUACCGAGGAUGUCGUAGUGGUUUGUGCAGCCCUUUGAGACACUAGUGAUUUAGGGCUAUAUAAGUAAACAUUGAUUGAUUGAUUGAUUGAAGAUUAAAAACCAAUUACAAACAAAAAAUUUUUUUUAAAUUUAAAAAAAUGACGCUUUGCUGGCAUCAUGGCGGUGUUUGGGUUCUCCCGUGGGUGCAGCGAAGAUGAAACACAGCGUGAAGGGAGGAACAAUAAUUUAUUAAUACUAUAAAACAAACUAAAAACAAAGACACUUGCACAAAGGCACUAACAAAAACCAACAGAACUAGCAUAUGGGCUAGAAAGAACAAAGGGAACAGAAGGAGGUAGCGUGUAAGCUAGGGACAAAAUAGCAUAGAAGCUAAUAGAGUACGAAAGGUAGUUACAACAAUGCGGGAAGAGCGGUGUCACUUGUUGCAUGAAGCAAAUAAGAGUCUGAGAAACAAUGUCAAACAAAGGCGGUCUUAAAUAGGGAGAUAACUAAUCGAGGGCAGGUGUGCGUGAUCAAAGGAGAGACAGGUGACACAAAAUGGGUAACCAUGACAACGGAACAAAACCAGGAAGUGCCACCGGGAACUAAGAACUAAGGAAGUCAAACACACAACAGGGUUAUAAUAAAACAGAACAAAAACAGAACAAGACGUGGACCAUGACAAAAACAUAGCUAUGUAUAUCCAGCCAUCCAUCCAUUUCCUACCCCUUGUACCCUUUGGGGUCGCGGGGGGUGCUGGAGCCUAUCUUAUUACACUUUAUAUAUCUAGAAAGGGUGGUCCUAAAGAGGUAGGCCUUUUUUUAGGAGGUAUCAAGAAGGUAAUAAAUACAAGAAAGUGUGUGUGCCUUUGAAAGAGCUGUGCUGAUUGAUAUCUCCUUAUCAGCGCUCUCACGGGCCUUACAGACAACAAAGACAUGGCUGACCUGUGCACCGUGUCGCACAAAGACCUUUCCUGACCUCUAACGCCGCCUCACUGACGCACGGAGCCCUUGAAGCCGGUCUUUAUUUGUGUCAGGUUGUCAGCGGAAGUGCAUCGACUGCAUUUGUUUACUAAUACACGUGCUUAUUUACUGUUGAGGAGACGUGUGUGUGUGUGUGUGUGUGCGUGUGCGUGUGCGUGUGUGUCGGCACCAUUUUGUGGCAAAAUGUGACACGCGGUGGUGUGGCCGUAAUGGCUGCCGGUUGCAUGCGGCCUCUCUCUGAUAAAGGAGCGCUAUAAAUAGCUGUCAUGAAUUCAGUGGCAGCACCAUGUGUGUGUGUGUGUGUGUGUGUGGGUGUGUGUGUGUGAUGAUGAUGAGCUUCAUUACGUGGAGACCCUCCCAUGCCGCCACAGUUGAGCGGCUGCGCACAAAGGCGAGUUGAUGGCGUGGCCUCCUGCCAACACUCAGGAGAAGUAGGUCACCUCAGAGGUGACGUCCCACAGGACGCUAUAAUGUGUGUGUGUGUGUGUGUGUGUGUGUGUGUGUGUGUGUGUGUGUGUGUGUGUGUGUGUGUGUGUGUGUGUGUGUGUGUGUGUGUGUGUGUGUGUGUGUGUGUUAAAUGCCUGUAUGUAUCCAAUAACACUUUUUUUCUACAAUAUUCGUGUCCCUUUCUAGCUCUUUCUCCAAGCUUUUGUUCUACGAGAUGUGUCUUUGUCAAUAAAUGUGAUGCUCAUGUGA